AUGACUAUGGAUCCCCGUCAACCGGAGAACAGCGCGAUUCUUACGACGGUCCCCUCGGAGCUGGCCGAGGUGGACUUUAUUAUAGCCAGAGGGGGCACGGCAGGCUCCAUUGUCGCGGCCAGGCUGUCGGAUGCACAUCCCCAAGCCGAUAUACCAGUGAUUAAAGCCGGGCCAGAGAGUUUUCAUCUUGCGGCUGUUGCCUAUCCCGCACCCGCACUUUACCGAAAAAACAUCUCUCCUGCGAGCUCCACCAUAAAAUUCUACUUUGCGGCGCCAGAUACGCAGCUGGCCAACAAAUCAAUCCCAAUCCUCGCCAGCAGGACUCUGGGAGGAGGAUCCACGGUGAAUCUUCUCAUGUAUGCCCGCGGCCAGAAGGCCGACUUUAAUGGCUGGAAGGAGAAGGGGUGGUCGGCCGAGGAACUUGUUCCUUUUCUUCAAAAGGCGAGCAUUUCUUGUCGUUCUACUCCCCCAAGGCGAAGCUAUCGACUAAUGUCUGCCGCAGUCGAACCCGCCUCAGCAAAGGUGCUUAAAGACAUCCCGGUCGGUCAGGUUCCAUAUCUUUCGCCAGAAGAGCUUAUUGUUUCUAAAAUACAGUCAAGUUAG